AUCAUGACUUAUCUUGGCAACAAAAUGGGACCUUACUAAUUGAUUGUUUCUUUGUCUAUACCAAAUAAAUUGUAGUUUGACAUUCAGAUUUCAGAGUGAUGGAUGCCCGGAUAGAAGCAUUAAAUACUAGGUCAGGAAAAUAAUAUAUAUUUAAAAGUGGGAUUUAGAAGCUGUGGAAAAUGCACACAAAAUCUGACAAAAUGCUCUUUCACGAUGCCUAUGCACAACUCAAUUUAUAUGUAAAUAAUAUUUGGCCAAACCUUAUUGUAACAAUCUUGCAGAAUUUCAAUGUUGACUGCCUUUAACUAGUGUUCUAUAAGGAUCUGUGUACUGCCUUUGACUUGGAAAAUGUGUAGUCAACUUGUUGAGAAUGACAACUCAAGAUAGAUUUUAAUUUAAUUUAUGGAGGAUUAUCAACAUUUAACACCCUCCAACUGCAAAAUCCUCAACAAUAAUCAACCCCACCUCACUAGUAUAUAUAUAUAUAUAGUUUACUAUAUGUAUAUAUCCAUAAGUACCAAAUACAUUUAUGACAUGAAAUAAACCAGCAAGUUGCAUGUAAAAACUCGAUUAAAUUAUUGCAUAAACAACCCAUUUUGUGCACCUUUAAAUACCUAAGUCCCUAACAUGGAAAAAAAUUGACAAGUAUCCACAUACCUUAAUUGUUGCAAGCAUGGACGAAACCAGCAACUUAGCCAUUGCCGACAAGCUUCUGUUAACCCGUUUCUCUUCCUUCUUUACGCAAUUCAUCGAUUUGUCGAUUCUUCUAGCCUUCUUCUCCUUACAAGCUUUCUUCAUCCUAGCGAAAAUCGACCCCACCUACCAUUUUCUCUCCGCUUCGUCUUUUCUUCUUCUCGCCAUUGCGAAACGCUACAUUUUUUCAAGCCCGUCGUCCGCUUUAUAUCUAGUGGACUUUUCAUGCCUCAAGCCUCCAAAUUUCUGUAGGGUCCCAUUUUCGACCUACAUCGAACAUGCACAGAUGCUCGAUUUUCUCGACAAAGAAAGCGUGGAUUUCAUGGCGAAAGUCCUCACGCAUUCAGGGCAAGGCGAGCAGACGUAUCUACCACCAUGCAUACACAUCAUCCCACCGAAAUCAAGCCACAGAGAAGCCAUCAACGAAGUCCACAUGGCCCUCUUCCCUGUAUUCGAAGACCUCCUAUCGAAAACCAAGAUAUCUCCGACGGAAAUAGACGUUCUUAUAGUCAACUGCAGCGGCUUCUGCCCCGCCCCUUCUCUUUCUUCCAUUAUAGUCAACAAAUACUCCAUGAGAGACGACGUGAAAAGCUUCAACAUAAGUGGUAUGGGGUGCAGUGCUAGCGCACUAGCCAUUGACAUGGCUCACAACAUACUCAAAACGCACAAGAAUUCGAAUGCUGUAAUUCUCAGCACCGAAAUUCUUUCGACGGGGUGGUAUCCAGGGAAGCAGCAAACCAUGCUGGUGCUCAACUGCAUUUUCCGAAUGGGAGCUGCGGCAAUUCUUGUCACCAACAAAAAGGAAGCCAAGAAAACAGCCAAGUACAAGCUGCUCCAUACUUUGAGAACCCAAAGAGCUUUCGACGACAAGGGCUAUUACUCGGCCUUUAGAGAAGAAGAUUCCGAUGGAUUCACCGGCGUCACACUCAGGAGGGAUUUAUUGCAGGUGGCCGGAGAAACCCUCCGAUCGAACAUCACAAUACUCGGGACGAAAAUCCUUCCCUACACCGAGAUGAUACUGUACGCUAUCUCAAUAACGAAGAAGAAGUACUUCGACAAGUCGUCGGAAAUCUACGUGCCGAAUUUCAAGAGAGCGGUGCAGCACUUCUGCCUGCCGGCGUCCGGAAAGCCGGUGAUUCGGGAGAUCGGAAAAGGGCUAAAGCUAGGGGAGAGGGAUAUGGAGCCGGCAAUGAUGACGCUGCACAGAUUUGGGAACCAAUCUUCAUCGUCGCUGUGGUAUGAGCUUGGUUACAUGGAAGCCAAAGAUAGGGUUAAGAAAGGUGACAAAGUAUGGCAGCUGGGUAUGGGAAGUGGGCCCAAGUGUAAUAGUUUGGUUUGGGAGUGUCUUAGGCCCAUUUGUGGGGAGGCCCAAAAUGGGGUGUGGGCUGAUUGUAUUGAUAGCUACCCUGUUGUUUUGGGUCGUGUUGAUAAAUAAUUUAUCAUCCUCGUUUUAUUUUGGUUGGAUUUUAUUUUCUCGAUUGUCAGAUUUCUCGUCAUAUAUAUGAAUUCAUAACUUUAUUAUUAUUUCUCUUUUUUAAUGAUAUUGUUAAAUUGACAAGAAAAAAUAAAAUAAAAUCAUUUUUUUGUUAAUUAUGCAUGGUUGACUUUGAAGUGAGAGGACCCGCUCGUGCUCCAA